CUGACGGAGCGCCCGGGCGUGAAGCCGCAGAAGUGAGUUUCGGGGGCGAGGGCGCGCGCCGGGGGUCUCCGACCUCAGAACCACCGGAGGCUCAGGGACCAGCGACGACCUCAUCUGACCGGGAGGUGUGUCUUUCCAGAUCUCCACGAUCUUCCAAUAACAACAAAAAAUGAACAAAUCCCAGAAAUGUGCUGGUCAGGGAUCUGUGACAUUCAAGGACGUGACUGUGAAUUUUAGCCGGAGUGAGUGGCUACAACUGACCAGUACUCAGCGGACUCUGUACCGGGAUGUUACACUGGAGAACUAUGGCCACCUGGUCUCAGUGGGGUAUUGCAUCACCAAGCCAAAGCUGAUCUUCAGGUUGGAGCAAGGAGAAGAGCUAUGGCCUGUAGAGAGAGAAGUACCAGGCCAGAGGAAUCCUGAAGUCAGGAAGUUUGAUGACAUCAGAGGGAGAAGCCAGGAAAACCAAGAUAAACAUUUGUGGCGAGUUUCACUCACCAACAAAAAAACAUUUACUGAUAAGACAGAUCGGGUUUUCAGAAAGACAUUUAAUUUGGACACAAACCCAGUUUCUGCAAGAAAAACACCAUGUGAAGAUAACAUAGGUGGAUUAAGUUUGAAAAAUGUUUCAGAAUUAGUCAGUGGUAAAAAUCAUUCCAGUAAGAACUCUGAUGAAAUUAAUGCAUGUGGGAGGUUGCUUCUUCCAAACAGACAAGAAAAUAAUUAUGCUGAAAAGAAAUCUGAUGAAUGUAACCAAGAUGGGAAAACCCUGAGUCUUGACGAGGACCUUAGCGAGCAACAAAGAAUUCAGACUUCGAGACCACCUCUUAAAGGUAACGAAUAUGAAGAAACCCUCCUUCAUGAGGCAGCUGACAUCACACCUGGGAGGGCUCAAACAGAAAAGAAAUCCUGUGAUUCUAAGGAAUAUGGGGAAAAUAUCAGUGACAGGUCAGCCCUAGAAGUUUCCCAGGAAAUUCAUACAGGGAAGAAUAACACUGAGGUUAAUGAGAAGUCAACCCUUAGUCAUCAUCAGAAAGUUCAUAUAGAUGAGAAAACCCAUGAAUCUAAUAAAAGUGAGGAUAAUUUCAGCAAGAAGUCACAACUCACUCAACCUAAUAAAACUCAAACAGGAGGAAAAAUCUUCCAAUGUAAUCAUUGCAAGAAAUCUUUUGGUCAGGAGUCUCACCUUACUCAACAUCUGAGUACACAUGCAGGAGAGAAACUAUGUGAAAGUAAUAAAUCUCAACUUGACUCUCCAAGAACACACACAGGUGAUAAACCCAGUGCAUCUAAGGAAUGUGGUAAAGCCCCUGUGACGUCAACCCUUACUGAUCAGCAGAGCACGCAGUUAGAAAAGAGGCCCUUUGUAUGUAAUGAGUGCAAGAAAGCUUUCCGUCAUAGCUCAGCCCUGAAAGUUCAUCAGAGAAUCCACACAGGAGAGAAGCCCUAUCAGUGUAAUGAGUGUGGGAAAUCCUUCUAUGCAAAAUCAAACUUCAAUCAUCAUCAAAGAACUCACACAGGGGAGAAACCAUAUGAAUGUAAGGAUUGUGGGAAAUCCUUCUGUGUGAAAUCAAACCUAACGAAACAUCAGAAAACACAUACAGGGGAGAAACCUUUCAAAUGUAAUGAAUGUGGAAAAACUUUCUUCCAGAAGUCACAGUUUGCUGACCAUCAGAGAACUCACACAGGGGAGAAGCCCUAUGAAUGUAAUGAAUGUGGGAAAUCCUUUUACUAUAAGUCAGCCCUGCAUGUACAUCAAGGGAAGCAUACGGAAGACAAACCACAUAAAUGUACUGAAUGUGAGAAAUCCUUCUGCUAUAAGUCAGCCCUGAUUAUACAUCAGGUAUCUCACACAGGAAAAAAGCCCUAUGACUGUAAUGAAUGUGGAAAAACCUUCUGUGUGAAGUCAAAUCUCACAAAACAUCAGAAAAUUCACACAGGUUUGAAGCCCUAUGAAUGUAAUGAGUGUGGCAAGUCCUUCUCUAUGAAUUCAAUGCUUGUUGUACAUAAAAGGAUUCACACAGGGGAGAAACCCUAUGGAUGCAAUGAAUGCGAGAAGUCCUUUUACAAAAAGUCAGCCCUUACUAAACAUCAGAAAACUCACACGGGGGAAAAACCACAUGAAUGCAAUGAAUGUGGGAAAGCCUUCCAUAUGAAGUCAACUCUCAUUAUACACCAGAGAACUCACACUGGAGAGAAGCCCUUUAAAUGUAAUGAAUGUGAAAAGGCCUUCUAUGUCAAGUCACUUCUUAAUAUUCAUCAGAGAAAUCACACAGGGAAGAAACCCCAUGUGUGUAGUGAAUGUGGAAAAGCCUUUUCUAUGAAGUCGAAUCUCACAGACCAUAAGAGAACACAUUCAGAAGAGAAACCAUACGAAUGUAAUGAAUGUCAGAAAACCUUUCGCCACAAGUCAACCUUGACUGUACACCAGAGAACUCACACAGGGGAGAAGCCCUAUAAAUGUAAUGACUGUGGAAAAUCCUUCUAUAUGAAGUCCGCUCUCAGCCAACACCAGAGAAUACACACAGGGGAGAAACCUUAUGGAUGUAAAGAGUGUGGGAAAACCUUCUUCCAGAAAUCACACCUCACUAAACAUCAGCGAACUCACACAGGGGAGAAACCUUAUGAAUGUCAGGAGUGCAAGAAAACCUUCUUCCAGAAGUCACAUCUCAUUGAACAUCAGAGAACACACACUGGGGAAAAACCCCAUGAAUGUAAUAAAUGUGGGAAAUCUUUCUGUUAUAAGUCCGCCUUAACCAUACAUCAGAGAACUCACACCGAAGAAAAACCUUAUAAAUGUAAUGAAUGUGAGAAGUCUUUCUGUAUGAAGUCACACCUCACUGUGCAUCAGAGAACUCACACAGGGAAGAACCCCUUUGAAUGUAACGAAUGUGGGAAAACUUUUUAUGUGAAGUCAAACCUCAUUAAUCAUCAGAGAACACACACAGGUGAGAAGCCAUAUGAAUGUAAGAGGUGUGGGAAAUCCUUCUGUAUGAAGUCAACCCUCACAGUACAUCAGCGGACACACACAGGAGAGAAACCCUAUGAAUGUAGUGAAUGUGGAAAAUCCUUUUGUAAGAAGUCAACUCUUACUAAACAUCAGGUCAUUCAUGCAAGAGAGAUACCCUAAUUGGGGAAAAAAAAAGGGAAAAUCUUCCUGUGUGAAGUCAAAUUUUGUCAUGAAAGAAAUCAUAGGAAUGUAAUAAUGUGAAGACUCCCUUGUUGGCAUCAGAAAUUACACAUGUGGUGGGGGUUGGCUGACUCUCCAUGAAUGAGAUGAAUAUGCACAACUUUCUGUGUCAUGCCUUCCUGUUGGAGAGCUUGUGGAUUCACCUAUUAAAUGCGUGCUUCAGAUAAAUCAAGGGGGCAGAGAAUAAAGAAUACCACAAAGACAUAAAAGCAUUUACAAAGUUGCAACCUACUGGCAUUAAUAUUGAAGGGAAAUUAUAUAAAUGUGUUAUAUGCGUGAAAGUUCUAAGGAAAAAGUCAAACUUUAUACAUAAAAGGAAUACUGAGGGGAAACCUGUCAAUUUGAGAUAUGUGGAUACAUUUUUUUCUCUAGAAUUAAUGUAAUACUAGAACUCAUUAAACUGAUACCCAAAAUUUGAAAAUGUGACAUAAGAUAUAGCCAAUGCUGAUGUUACUCAUUGUUAGGAUAUAAAAUAUUUUGAAAAACACAAGUUGCAGUAGCAGGCUAACAGAAUCGGAUGUGUGAAGAAUCCUUGAUGUAAGCAAGGCUUAGGGAUGUUAGUAUGCAACACAGAUGUUGUGUAUGUUUGAUUUACUCAGUGGGCAUCAAAGUAGUUGUCAGUAGAAAAUAUAUACCCAUAUCAUAAUUAUUAUGAAAAAUUUCUCUCACUAAGUGCCACCAGUGUUUCUUUGUAUUUCAAUACAUUGUAAAUGACAUGUUUGACAAAUUUGAAGUACUGUACCAGGACAUUCUGAGAAAAGCAAUGUAAAGAAAAUGGUAUGUUACCUUUUGUGUAAGAAUUGAGAAGAAAUAAGAAAAAUAUAUGUAUAUGUACUUGCAUAAUUAUUUUUUCAAAGAGACACACUAGACCAUAAACUAUAAACUAAUACCUGAGAAGGCAGGCGUGAACAGGGUAGUGGAGUUAGGAAUGGAGCAGGUUUCUUUGAUUAUAACUUUUUAUGAAAUUUUGACUUAAACAAAUGUAAGUUACAUAUUUAAUAUUUAGUACAGCACAUUCUAAAAUUGAAAACAAACUAAAUUUAUAUCAAAUUGGUAGUUUAACCAGAGAAAAUUAUUCAAGAAAUGUUUGAACACUGUAGUAUGACUUACAUCCUUAAUGAGAUGUAUUUAAGAACAAAAAGAUCUGUAAAAACUUAUAGACGCUGCUAGUUAAUUUUGUUGUUAAUAAUUUUAGUGUUACUUUGAAUCUAUUUUGUGUAUAUUAAGAUGAAGCAAAUGGAUAAUUGUUAAAGUUAGUAGAAACUAAAAUUUCCAGUCUGAGAUGAUUAUGAAAUAAAACAUAUGUAAAAUUCCCUAUAAUGAUAAAUAGGAAAUGGAAAUAUCACUCAUUAUUUAAAAAAAUUAAUAUACUUCCUAGCUAUGUCCAUUGAGAAGACCUAAGCACAAUUGCAUCCCCAUAGUGAUGAACAAAUUUGGUCUCCAAAUCACCCACUAUGAGAACCAGGACUCCUUGGAGAAGUCACUGAUUUUAGGUUUGGGUCCUGAAGUGUCAAAGGUGAGCCACGGACCUGUUGGGUCAAAACUAAGGAAGCAUUCAGGGAUUAAGGCAGGUGUGUUAAAGGUCACAGAAGUUAGCUAGAAUGGGUUCUUACUAACCACAUCUGAGAUAAUUGAAUAAUUGACAGUGAAACAAUUACUGUCUAUAACAUUUUGAAUAAAAAUUUGAGUUACAGCAAUACCAAAAGGGGAAAGAGCUAACAUUUUUACUAUUGAAGGCAAAUCUUACAUAAAUUCUUUGUAGCUAGAGGGAAUUAAUUCAAUUUUCACUCUGUUCUUUUAGUAAUAAUGACAACUAGUGUAGAAGGAAUGACAGAUUUUGAAAAAUUGCUCAUUUGCAGCGCAUAUUCUGGGCAAAGAUUGGCAAUGGAUGCUAAAUCAUUUAGAUGUGGAGGAAUUGGGUUUGUCUAAUGCCAGAGUAUCUCCCACAGGUAUUUUACUUAUUGAAACAGAAACAAAUGUACUUUUCCAGUGGAAUGACUGACUGUCCAGCUUUGAUUAAGUGAUCAAAUGUAGUGUGAGAGUAUUGACAUUAUGUGCAUCCUGAUGACAUACACCAAGGAGAACUUAUGUUGCAUUGAGAAGUAUCCUUGCCAGAAUAUUUAACAUGAAUCCAACCAAAUGUUUAGCCUUUUAGCUUACAGUAAGUACAGGAAAUGAGCAACAGCUUCAGUGAAAAGUAACAAAUCUGGGAUGUUGUGUAGCCUACAAGAUUGCUGGCCUAGUUUGCUCACAAAGUCAAAGAAAAGCUUGGGGGUGACUUCAAUCCAAAGAGAUUAAAAGAAACAGUCAAAUGCUCUGCAUGAACCUUGAUCAGAUCCAAAGACUUGUGGCUCAAAAAAGCCAUGGAAAUUUUGGAGGCAUUUGGAGGAGUUUGAAUAUGACAUGGGUAUUAGAUAAUUUUAGGGAAUUAGUGUUAAUUUCUUAAAGUGAGAUGAUCAUGAUAAUGAAAGUUAGUGUGUGUUUCUGUAUAUGCAUGCUGAAUAUCGUGAUUAAUUGUGAUGUCUGCAAAUUUGAAGUGAUUUCCAGGAAAAAACACAUCUAAGUAGAUGAAGCAAAUAUUGGAUUCAAGUGGUAAGCACAUGGGUGUUUAUUAUAUUUUUCUUAAAAGAACUCUGAAUUUUUUUUAAAUUAAGGUUUGGAAAAUUAUACCACUUUACGUAUUCAUACUAGGUCUGUUGGCAUCAACAUGCCCAUUGUUAUUGACUUGCUCUUCAAUAAAGAAGCCGAACAAUGUCUUUUUAGAAAGCGUCCCACUGUCUUGGGUGUAGGUGGUUUAAUGAAAACCUAUUCAUAAUGUAUGCAAAGGCUGAGACCAAUACUGUUAACAGCACAAACUCAUAUUCAGAAAUAGUGGCAAAAGCAUUGCUCAUCACACAGAACAAUGGUGCUGUUUAGAAAAUACCCUCAUCUUCCCUUCUCUGUUUAAAGGGGUAACUAUGGAGAUACAAAGCACCCAGGUGCUUGAUCAUGUGGCAGACACUGUAGCCUGACUUUUGCUUCCCACUUGACCUGAUUAUACCUUGGCAUCGGGUUGGCAGAUUGCUCUAUUCUUCCUUGUCAGACAUCCUUGGUGUGGCUUGUUUUUCUUUCACUAGGGAUUGUUUGGGGCUGAGCCAGUAGGAUGUUUAGGGAACUCAUUGUUAGGAGUCUGAAGCAGAAUAUGGCAUUGUCCAUCUAGAUACCACCAUUGUUUGCAUUUUGUGACUUGGGGUCGGCAGUACCAGGUGAGGGUGGUGGGUAGAGAGGUUACCGAACUGUGGUGGGUGAUUGCCAAGGGUGCGGAAUUAACCAGCUGUAGAGCUGCUGUUUCAGGAACACCUGAGGUCAUGAGUUUUCCUUAUUGAUUAAGCCUGUUGGAGUUAAGAUUUUCCUCUCAAUUGGAGCUAUAAAUUAUCUGAACAUUGUACAUAUGUAAUUCAGAGGUACAUAUGUAAUUCAGAAGUGUUAGGUAUAGGAAUUUGGGGGAAACAG